CAUAAUAGCGUGGUUCGUAAAUUAGUUUAAAGUAAAAUCAUGUAUUUGAUUGCAUAUGUAUUUAAUAUUUACUCCUAUGGUCCUCCAUUAAUAAUUUCGUCUUCAGUCUGUUCCUGGUUAAGUUUUAUGGUAUGGCGUCAUUCUGACCUCCUUGCUCCUCCUAGUACACGUGAAAGUGUUUCUGUUUAGGAUCCAUUUGGUGAGAGAACAGAAGACGGUCGCAGAAGAGAGGAAAUAAAGAGUGUAUUUCUCCCCACUGCUCAGAGGUUAGUAUGGACCAUUGUGGAGAUUUCAGGGUGACACCAACACCAAGAAAAGAGGUGGUAUACGUAAGGAAUAAACCCCAACGUUCUGUACAUUAGCUUGGAAUAAUGGACAGUGCAAGAGGAAGAGGUACAGCUGAAUCAAAUCCAAAUAAACUGGUCAACGUCCAAACUGAAUGUGACGCAGUGGUCAGACAAGCAACCAGAAAAAGGAAUCCAAAGCUCUAAUAGUUUAUUAAAGGAUAAAGAGCAAGGAUGAUGGUCAAACUCUACUGAGAGUUCAACAAGACAUUAAGGCUAAACUGAAACAGAAGUAUGAAAUACUAUGUGAAGGAAUUGGAAAACAUGGAAACCAAACUCUCUUAAAGGACAUCUACACAGAGCUCUACAUCACAAUGGGUGAAAGUGGAGAAUUCAGUAACGAACAUGAGGUGAAGCAGAUUGAGAUGGCAUCCAGGUGGGAAACCACACCAGAUGCCCAAAUCACAUGCAAUGACAUCUUCAAGCCACUAAAGCAACAUCAGAAGUGGGAACUGAACCCUGGAUUCAUGGCUCAGAGUCACACUGAAUCUGAAGCUGUAAGCAGGGCUGCCUCAUCACAAGAGUCAGAAUCACCUCUGAUGCAUUUACCUGGACCAGACAAACACAUCCAAGGUAAAGGUUUAAGAAACAUGACUAAAGGAAUUGCUGGAAUUGGAAAAACUGUCUCUGUGCAGAAGUUCAUCCUUGACUGGGCAGAGGGAAAAGCCAAUCAGCACAUUCAGUUCUUAUUUCCUCUCCCUUUUCGUGAUCUGAACUUGAAAAAGGAACAAUGUAGUUUGAUGCAACUUCUUUCCCAGUAUUUUCCUGAGUUAAAAGAGAUUAACAGCAUUGAAGACGGUGAGGCCAAAACUAUUUUUAUUUUUGAUGGUCUGGAUGAGUGUCGACUUCCUCUAGACUUUAAAAACAAUAAGAAGUGCUGUGAUGUCACAGAACCAACCUCAGUGGAUGUGUUGCUGACAAACCUUAUCGAGAGGAAUCUGCUUCCCUCUGCUCACCUCUGGAUAACCACAAGACCUGCAGCAGCCAAUCGCAUCCCAAUUGAUUGUGUUGACCAAGUCACAGAGAUACAAGGGUUCAAUGAACCACAGAAAGAGGAGUACUUCAGGAAGAAAAUCACAGACCAGAAUCGGUCCAAUGAAGUAAUCAACCACAUAAAAACAUCCAGAAGCCUCCACAUCAGAUGCCGCAUACCAGUCUUCUGUUGGAUAUCAGCCACUGUCCUUGAGACGAUGCUGAAAGAAGCAGAGGAAAUCCCAAAAACUCUGACUCAGAUGUAUGAACACUUCCUGCUCAUCCAAACCAGUGCGAAGAACAAGAAGUACAACAUAGCCACAGAGACAAACCCAGAGGAACUGUCACAAUCUGACAGAGAAAUGAUCCUGAAACUGUCAGAGCUGGCUUUCCAACAACUGCAGAAGAACAACCUGAUAUUUUAUGAAGAGGAUCUGAGAGAGUGUGGCAUUGAUGUCACAGAGGCGUCAGAGUACUCAGCACUGUGUACAGAGAUCUUUAAAGAAGAAUCUGGGUUUUGCCAAGAGAAGGUCUUUAGCUUUGUUCAUCUGAGCAUUCAGGAGUUUCUAGCUGCAGUACAUGCUCUAGAAUCCUGCCUGGGCAAGGAGGAACAUGUUUCCCCCCCUAAUGAGAAAGUUAGGAAGUUGGACAAGUUAUCUGACUUACACAGGGAAGCAGUAGUCCAGGCCUUGAAGAGUAAGAAUGGACACCUGGACCUGUUCCUCCGCUUUUUUCUGGGUCUCUCACUGGAGACCAAUCAGAAUCUCUUACGAGGCCUUCUGACACAGACAGGAAGUACAACACAGAGUAAUGAGGAAGAGGUUAAGAGAACAAUUGAGUACAUUUUAGAGAAGCUCAAGAUGGAAUCCUCACCAGAAAAGAUCAUCAACUUGUUCCACUGUCUGAAUGAACUUGGUACCAACUCUCUAGUUGAAGACAUUCAGACCUCGCUGCGAUCAGGAAAUCUUUCAGAAACAUACCUAGAACCUCACAUAUGUUCAGCCCUGGCCUACCUGUUACUGAUGUCAGAGGAGGUACUGGAGGAAUUUGACAUGAAGACAUACAAGACAUUCAAGGAGGGUUAUCAGAGGUUGCUGCCGUUGGUGAAAACCUGCAAGAGAGCACUGCUAGAUAACUGUAACCUCACAUAUAAAUACUGUGAGACUCUGGCCUCAGUUCUGCAGAUACCAAACUGCCCCCUGAGAGAACUGGACCUCAGCAGCAAUCACCUGAAUGACAGAGGAGUGGAGCUGCUCUGUGCUGGACAAAGCAGUCCACUCUGCAACAUACAUACACUUGUACUGGCUGGCUGUAACCUCACAUAUAUAUCCAGUCAGACUCUGGCCUCAGCCUUGCAGACACCCAACUUCCCCCUGAAAAAACUGGACCUCAGCUACAAUCACCUUGAAGACCGAGGAGUGGAGCUUCUCUCUGCUGGACUAACCGGUCCACUCUGUAACUUACAGACUCUUGUACUUGGCCAUUGUGGUCUGACAGAGGGUUGCUGUUCAGAUCUGGCUUCUGUCCUGCGUUCCCUCAACUCACAGCUGAAACAACUGGACAUGAAAGACAAUGACCUGCAAGACUCAGGUGUUAUACUGCUCUCUGCUGGACUUGAGGAUCCAAACUGUCAACUACACACACUGGGGCUGUCAGGCUGUCUGGUCACAGAGAAAGGAUGUGCUUUUCUGGUCUCAGCUCUGAAGUUAAACCCUUCACACCUGAAAGAGCUGGAUCUGAGCUACAAUCACCCUGGAGACUCGGGAGUCAGACUGCUCUCUGCUUUACUGGAGGAUCCACGCUCGAGACUGGAGAUACUCCGUAUGGACCAUGGCGGAGAGUGCUGUUUGAAAUCAGGACCCCGAAAAUAUGCCUGUGAUCUCACACUGGACCUAAACACAAUUAACAGAGACCUUUGUCUGUCUGAGGAGAACAGAAAGGUGACAUGUGGGUUAGAGGAUCAGCAGUAUCCUGAUCACCCGGAGAGAUUUGAGGACUAUCAACAGGUGUUGUGUAGAGAGGGUCUGUCUGGACGCUGUUACUGGGAGGUAGAGUGGAGUGGGGAUGGGGUUGAAAUAGCCGUGACAUAUAAAGGAAUCAGCAGGAAAGGAGAGGGUGACGACUGUAGGCUUGGAUACAAUGACAUUUCCUGGAGGCUGUUCUGUAAUGACGACUGUAAUUGUGACAGUUUCUCAGCCGCUCACAAUGAUAAGAGUACUGAGAUAUCUGUCACCCCCUCGCACAGAGUAGGAGUGUAUCUGGACUGGCCAGCCGGCACUCUGUCCUUCUACAGCGUCUCUGACACACUGACCCACCUGUACACAUUCAACACCACAUUCACUGAGCCCCUCUAUCCAGGGUUUGGGUUUAUUUUUGAUGAUUCUUCAGUGUCUCUGUGUCAGAUGAUCCCUGUGUCAAACACAAAAUGAUUUUUCACUGUUACCAUGGUGUGUUCCGUAGGACACACUCUAGUAAAACAUUGACAAAAACUUCACUAGUAGUGAGUAAAUAUAUCAUGAUUAUAAUUAUUCGUAAUUAUACACCACUGAAGAUGUAACCUGUUAACUAGAGUAAUUCAUUGAUUUAGCUAUUUCUUCUAUGGCUCUAAUUGAGUUUUCUUGUCUUUAAGCAUUCAAAUCGCAUGCUUUUCUUUCAUAGACAGCUGUGGUCUUCCUGUUGCAUUAUUUCUACUGACACCAAACGCAGCCUCCAAAGUCAAAAGCAAAAGAAUAGAACUGUGACUACACAUUCACAGCUGUUUUAUUAGUGAACAAUCAAUAAAACAGGAAACACCUGAUCAUUUUGAAACACCUGUGGGCCAAAUGUUCCAAUACAUAGGCUCACAUAAAAUAAGGGAAUGAAACUUUGAAAGUACUGUUAUUUUUUGGUGGUUUUAACAUGUAUUGGAACAGACAGAAAUGAAGGUUGACAUUCUGAAUUUAUGCCACAUAUUAAUCUUGUAAUCGAGCAAAAAUAGGUACUAGGUAAAUGAUAAUGUCUGUCCCAACUAUUGAGGGCACUUUAUAAUCUCUAAUUUCAUAGGUUCAAGUACCUGAAGACACUCCACUUACAAACAUUCACAUUCUUGUACUGUACGUAUUUUGCAUAUUUGUUCAAUUUAAUAAUGGAACUUUAGAGUUUGCUAAUAUCAUAUGCUUCACCAACGUCACUUCCAGAAAACUGAGAAGCAGCAUCAAUGGAGUCUUGACAUACAGACAUUAAAAACAUCCAUUCAUCAUCUAAACAAAUCAGUACCAGAACCCUUACUUUUAUUUUGAUUAAAG